AAUUAUUCCAAGAAAAUGGUUCUUAAAAAUUUGAUAAUAUUAAAGAAAUAUGGUACAUAGAAUUUGACACAAAAUAACAGAUUGUUAAUGGGAUCAGAGUUUUAAAGGACAUACAACCACACAAUCUCCAUUUUGGAAAGAAUAUGCUUGGAAAAGCAAUAUGAGAUAUUUUAUAUCACCGGAAAUAUCAUCUAAGUAUAAACAAUCUAAGGUGUUGGAGAGAGUGUAGUUCAGUGCUAACCACAUGUCUUUUAUUCUUGUAAAAAGUUAAAAAUAUUCUGGAAAGGAGUCAUAAUAAAAAAGAAUAUUCAAUAUAUCAAAUACAAUGAAAGCAUGAAACAGUUUUGAGUAUAUGUCCUGAAGUUCUUAACAGAGAAGAGUUGUAUUUGUUUAGAACAUGGGUGUAGAUUUGGCUUGAACUUUGAGGGGGUUGCAACAUAAAGCAUUUACAUGUUUCCAUUGAUCAUGGUAUAAAUAUUGGAUGGGUUGUACUUGCUUGUUUUGAUUAUUGGUUGUACUUGCUUGUAGAUUCCAUCCCCCCUGGAAUCUACGCCCCUGGUUUAGAAUGUUUUCUUAAGAAUUAUAGCACUUAAACAAAUACCGCUUCUUAGCCUUUUCUGUGUAUAGUUACAGCCAAUUUUACAACUUAAUUACCAUGACGAUGUAAUAUCAACAAGCUGUUUGUAUUAAAAAAAAAAGAAAAAAAAAGAAAAGAAAAUGUUUGUGAAUGCGAAAAUGUACGUAAGAAUGGCUAAUGAGAAUUUUCACAAAAUCAAAUAGUUUUGUUCGUGUUUCGUGAAUACCAAUGCACCCAUUUACAGAUUCAAGCCACUCCCACAGCAAUUCACCAAUAAAUGCAGUGACUCAAACUAAGAAAACCCCCUUUUUCCAUCCCCUUAAUACAGUUACAGGGAAUGAUUUACAAACCUUUCAAAGUCAUAUUGUUAAUAAUUUGGCUUAGUGCUAAUCCUACUGCUCUUGUUGUUGCUAUUAAAACUAGUGUUUCAUUCAAAGAUUCCCAUGUCUAUCUUAAAUUAAUUUUUACUCCAAAAAUAAAAAAUAAAAAAUAAAAAUACAAAUUAAAGGGUUGUUGUUUUCCAUCUGAAUCACUCGUUUUGGUAGUUUUUACAUUGCGUCUUGAGACCAGAAACAGAAAACAGGCAAUUCGAAUCAUCAGGGCGCCGACCAGUGAUUGCAAACGAAAACGGUGAACUGCCAAUUUUACAACUUGGUUACCAUGACGAUGUAAUGUCAAACCUAAAACAACUGUAAAAAUUACAUUUUAAACAACUUUACAGCUCAAAUAUUACACCAGUUUUAACAGAAGAAUUAAUGUAAGUGAUUUUAUUCAAUUAUGAACUUCACGUUUCAGCCUUUAAACCCUCCAAAACUUGGCCCCAUUCACUUCCAUUGUAAGUGCCUCACUGUAACCUCGAUUUUUUACUUUUUUUUAAAGAUAGGGAGGGACUAGUCGAAAUAAAUUUUUGUGGUAAUCAACAUUAUGCAACAAAUGCUGUCGAUUGAGCUUAACUUGUAUUGAACCCAGAAUAUUCCUUUAAACCACGUUAAGCGUUUUACACGACAAACUGUUCAGAAUGUCCCCUCCGAGUUGCUGUUGUUUACGUCAUGCAAACAUGGCGGUGCUCAGGGAGAUUUGCAGUUAUGAUAAACAUUUACUUUAAACAAAUAAAAUGCACCAAUGACUAAAAUAAAUUAAACACAAUUUCCCCAUUAUAUUAUGUUUAGCACACGUUUGCCGAAACGUAAAGCGGUAAGCGAUUAUCUCUGCUGAUACCCAUAAAGUUGUAAAAACAUCUACUGGCAUUGUUGUUUUGUUUGUUUGUACAUUAUUCGAGUAUCGGACAAUAGACCGCCGCAUGAUUGAAACCCGGAUCAAGCAGAAAUAUCCAGCAUCCCACACUGAAUAACACAGGUUAACAACAGAAGUUUGGAUUCAUGGCGAUAAAUGCAGCUGAUAGUAUUCUCAUCAUCCUAAACGAAGACUUGUUUCAAGACGAACAGGAAUAACUCCAGGUGUUUCAACUGAGAUCUGCGGGAUAAAACAUUGUAAAAUGAUGUUUAUUAAAGAAGAGAGUGAGGACAUGAGUUAUCCAGAAUCAUGCAGUUCAAAUGUCAUGAAAAAUGAAGAUACUGAGGAACAAAGAGAUCUGAUGGAUGUGAAAGAGGAAAGUCAAGAACUGAAUGACGUGGAAGAGAAGCGCCAUCCAGAUCAGACACAAAACUCUUUUAGUGGCUCACACACUAAAAGUAUUUUCUCACUAAAAAGAACUCAAAGAACAAGAGGCAAAAAUUCUUUCAUCUGUCAUCAGUGUGGGAAUGCUUUUACAUGUAGAGCAAGUCUUACUAAGCACAUAAGAAUUCACACUGGCGAGAAGCCCUUCACAUGCCAUCAGUGUGGGAAGAGUUUCAGAGAGGCGUGUAGUCUCAAAAAUCAUCUGUCUGUGCACUCUGGAGAAAAGUCAUUUAGCUGUGAUCAGUGCGGCAAAACAUUUUUUUCAGCAUCAGUCUUAAGAAAACACCUGAAAGUUCAUGCAAAUAAGAGGCCUUUGUGUUCUAUUUGUGGAAAGAGUUUUACAUUUCUGCACAAUUUAAAACGGCACCUGAUAUUGCAUACUGGUGUGAAAGAUCACGUGUGCUCUGAGUGUGGGAAGGCCUUUUACAAAGCGUAUGACUUAGAAUGUCACCAUAGAGUCCAUACUGGAGAAAAACCUUACAGGUGUUCACACUGUGAAAAGACUUUUGCUCAUUCAGGAAACCUAAAAAAACACGAGAAAGUGCAUACUGGAGAGAAGCCGUACCACUGCGCUUCAUGUGGGAAGAGUUUCACCCAAUCAAGUAAUCUACGGGCUCAUAGAAGAAAUAAUUGUCCAGGUUUGUCACAGUGAGCAAAGGUAAUCUUUAUUUGCCUGGCAAAUUGGGAUGAAAUUUAGAAAAAAACAAGAUAGGAUUUCUCUGAAAAGAACAAUUACAAUUAAGUGGGUGAAUCACUGUCAUUGUAUGUAAGUGGAAGAAGGACGUUUGUACUUAUUUGUGAAAUAAAACUAUUGUUGUUGAUGCUGUGAAAUGAAA